AGAGCGGGCCCCGCCCCCGCCGGCGCCUGACGUGCGUCCGAGGCCCGCGGCGGACGGACGGACCGACGGACGGACGGACGGACGGGAGCAGCCCCCGGCACGGAGGAUGAGCGGCUGAGCCGCCGACCCCGGACAGGGCCCCAGGGAGAGACCGGACGCGCCCAAAGACGGGCCACAGCCUAGAAGAGGGUAGACAGGCAUCAAGAGAGAUCAAUAGCAUCGAAUAGAAUAGUGACCAUGGAGAGCGAAGAGACGCCGGACUUCUCCAGCCCGAAGGAGGAGACCGCCCACUGGAAGCGACUCUUCCUCAAGUAUAAGCAGAGCUUCCAGGAAGCCCGGGACGAGCUGCUGGAAUUCCAGGAAGGAAGCCGGGAGCUGGAGGCCGAGCUGGAGGCCCAGCUGGUGCAGGCCGAGCAGCGCAACCGCGACCUGCAGGCCGACAACCAGAGGCUCAAGUACGAGGUGGAGACCUUGAAGGAGAAGCUGGACCACCAGUACGCGCAGAGCUACAAGCAGGUGUCGGUGCUGGAAGGGGACCUGAGCCAGACCAGGGCCAUCCGAGACCAGCUGCACAAGUACGUCCGGGAGCUGGAGCAGGCCAACGACGACCUGGAGCGAGCCAAGAGGGCCACCAUCGUCUCCCUGGAGGACUUCGAGCAGCGGCUGAACCAGGCCAUCGAGCGCAACGCCUUCUUGGAGAGCGAGCUGGACGAGAAGGAGUCGCUGCUGGUCUCCGUCCAGAGGCUAAAGGACGAAGCGAGAGACCUCCGCCAGGAGCUGGCCGUGCGGGAGCGGCAGCAGGAAGUGACCCGCAAGUCGGUGCCCAGCUCCCCGACCCUGGACUGCGAGAAGAUGGAUUCGGCCGUCCAGGCCUCGCUGUCUCUGCCGGCCACGCCCGUGGGCCGGGGGCCCGACGGCGGCUUCCCUUCCCCCAAAGCCGUCCCCAACGGAUUCGGGACCAGCCCGCUCACCCCGUCCGCCCGGAUCUCCGCCCUCAACAUCGUGGGGGAUCUCCUACGCAAGGUCGGGGCCCUGGAGUCCAAGCUGGCCGCCUGCAGGAACUUCGCCAAGGACCAGGCCUCCCGGAAGGCCCACGUGGCCGCGGGCGUCAACUGCGGCGGCGGGGCCGGCGGCAAGUUCUGCCACGCCGGGCACGCCACCUUCUUCGACAGAGGCAGGACGGUAAACGGCUUUGACCAGAGCCCCCCGGCCGCCCUCGGCGCCUCCCGACCCGCCUCGGCCCCGGGCCUGCUGCCUCUGAGCGUGUGAGCGCCGCCCCGCCCUCGCCCCGGCCGGGCCCCC